AUGGCUACCGAAGUUCACGCCGACCAAGUCCUCGAUACCACCACCAAGAGCCUCAGCGUCGUGCACAUCGAGUCGCUGCUGGACAAUGCGAAGCCGUCGCUGACGGUGCUGUAUGCGCCGGGCGAGGAGGCCAUUGUCGAGCUGAUAGCGAGCGUGCUGGGCCAGGCCUACUCGCUGGCCGCGUCGCUGAGGGAAGCCGAGGCGCUGAAGCCUGCGACUGUCGCCGGCCUCCUGAGCGCGCAGGACCCAAGCCAGCUGGCGCAGCGGAGUCGCGGACGUCUCCUCAUAAAUACCCACUGCGUCGAGAACGACUCCGCCCCCAGCGAAGCCCUCUCCGAAGCUUGCGACUACGAGUAUCUCUACACCCGCUCCCCGUUCCUCCGACGGGACGUCACCCGCUAUCUCGCCUUCAUCCUCGGGCAGAUCGCGCCCCACAACGACCUCGCCAAGAAGGCAAGAACGACACUCAUCUCUACCACCUUCCCGGACGUCCAUGCCGCCCUGCCGAAUCUCGACAUCCUCUCGGUUGGCGCCGAUGCGGUCGAGCUGCGCGUCGAUCUUCUCAAGGAGCCGCUGGCCGACGGCUCCUUCAGCACGGUCCCGAGCCUCAAAUACGUCGGCCAGCAACUCAUGAUCCUACGCCAGCGGACCGAGCUCCCCAUCAUCUUCACGACAAGAUGCACCAACGAGAACGGCAGGUUCCCCAUGGACGACCCCAUGCUGUUCUACAAAUACCUGUACCGCGCCAUGCAGUGGGGCUGCGAGUACAUCGACGUCGAGCUGUGGCUACCCGAAGAGAUCCGGCGAGAGCUGGCCCACAAGAAGGGGGCCAGCAAGAUUAUAUCCGCCUUCCACGACUUCUCGGGCACCUUCAAGUGGACGUCGCCGGAAGCCAAGGAGCUUUUCAAAAGGGGCACCGUGUAUGGGGACGUCGUCAAGAUGAUUGCGCUGGUCCACCAGAUGCAAGACAAUUACGAGCUGGAGUACUUUCGCUCGACCGUGCAGGCCGAGUUCUUCCCGCACCCGCCCUUCUCCGGACUCAACAUGGGCCCCACCGGCCAGCUGUCGCGCACGCUGAACAAGGUCUUCACCCCUAUCACACAUCCGCUGCUGCCGAUGAUUGCGGCGCCGGGGCAGCUAAGCGCGGCGGAAAUCAACCUGGCGUUGCACAGCAUGGGCCAGAUGCCCAAGCUGGACAUCUACGGCAUCGGCAGCUACAAACUCGCGACACAGGCAAUGUUCUUCGAGAAGUGCUUCAACGAGCUGAGCCUGCCGCACCGGUUCCUGUUCGUCGACAAAGUGGCCAGGGGGGCGGUGGAGACGGUCGUGAGACGUGCGUCAUUCGGUGGUGCCUUUAUCAACCCGCCGCUCGCGCCACCGACCCCGUAUUUGACGGUGUUGUCGGAGGCGGCCAAGGCGACUCGACUCGUCGACACCGUCCUGGUGCGGACGGAGGGCGGCACGCCGGUGCUUGUCGGUGAGAACGCGACGUGGAAGGGCAUCCGUGCGACGCUCACGCGUGAUUUCGUGCCGUCGGCCUACAGCGACCGAGCCGCCUUGGUGCUGGCCAGUGCGGAGGCGGACGCGGCGGCGGCCAUGUUCGCGCUCAAGAGCCUGGGCAUCGGGCCCAUAUACACGAUUGGCUUCCACAUGCGCAGCCCGGGCGCGCUGGCGGCCGACGUCGAGCCCUUCCGGUCGGUCGAGGACGUGAAGCGGGUGGAGCAGCCGUUCGUCAUCAUCAGCGCGCUGCCGGCGGAGAAGUCGGCGCUGGUGGGGCCGCUGCUGAAGCACUAUAGCAGCACCGGGACGGCCGAGCCGACGAACAAGGUGUUUGUCGACCUGGCCAACGGGCCGCGCAAGGUCGACCCAAUGGCGAUUGCAGCGUCGUCGGGGUGGACGGCAUACGGCGUGGCGGACGUCAAUGCAUGGACGACGGUGGAAACGAUGCGGCUGCUCGUGGGGCAGAACGUGCCUUACGAUUUCGUGCGGCUGGCGUCAGGGCGGAGCCUGUUCUGA